ACACAAACAUUUGCCAACCCAACUUCUUCCCCGGUGCAAGACAGACUUCUGAAUGCUUCUUGCGAUUGCGACUGACUGGCGGCAUAAAGCAGUUCCAAAGCUGUCCAGAGGUCAGUGUUCCUGUCCUGAAGCCCAUACUUCAACUCUGUACUUUCCACAUGAUAUAUUUCAUCUAAAACCUAGGACUAAAAUACCGGUAAAAUUAUACUUCACGCGACAACUCCCCCAAAAGAAGAGCCAUAUUCAGAUCGUUUUUCACGCGCGAGUGUCGAGUCUUCAUCAUAUUUGCUUUGAAAUAGUCACGCGUCUUUAACUGGGAUUAAAUCAGUUCGGUGUACUCUUACAAGCCGUUUCCUGUGUAUAUUACGAGGACUUUUAUCUGGAUUUUCGACCCCGAUUGCGUGCCGAAGAAAACUGUGUUAAUUAGACCGAAGGUUGGAAUAGGAGUUGGUAUCAUUUUCUUUUAACAUUCUGGAGUCUUUUGUACUACCGAAGAAGUUACUACGCUUGUUCAACAUCACGUCGUACGUCUAGACGCGUUCUGCUCGUGAACGUGUGUGCAUCCCCGGAUAACCAGCGAUUUCCCGCCAGUUUUAUUUUUUGCUUGUCGUCUGUCCGGGAAGAUAACUGCGCACCAUCGCGAUGUAUUCAACAAGUGUGAAUACGUGUUUCCUUAUCAUCGCUGUUAUCCUGCUCUCACUAGAAUACCCUUCGAGUGCUCAAUUACAAACACAUCCACCAACAAAACCAAAUACAGCACCAACCACUAAGCCUACCUUGGCAUUCCAAACAACAAAAAUCAACAUGCCUACCACAGCCAGGCCUACAACGCAAAGGGCUACAACGCAAAGGGCUGCAACGCAGACACCUGCAACGCAGAGGCCGACAACAAAAGGUUUUGUCACACACACAAGAUCUGUGACCAAAACCGCUGCAACGCCACCAAGAACUACGGUGAGAUCAUCAACGCUUUUUACGAUGACUUCAGGGACGCCGCUGACAUCAGUGAGUGUCACAAUGAGCGGGAGUCCAACGAUGCCUACGAGCUCGAUAUCACCUUCGAUGUCGCCUUCAUUCAGUUCGCCAGCGAUUGUAUCAAUGAUGUCAUCUGCUCUUCCAUGGACGAGUAGUCCAGCUCCGUUGAAGUUAGUAUCUUCUAGUCCUGGAGGGGCACCGUCAGGACCUUCAGCAGCUUCACCAACCGGUGGAGUAACAUCAACUGGAGGUGUGGUGUCAGCUUCUGUCAGCAAUGCAUCACCAAGUGGGUCACCAUCUGGGGGUAGUACUGUAACAGGGGCAGGUCAAUCGACCAUUACUGCGGGUGCAACUAUAACCCCAACUAGCCCAACCCUACAGUCGACAAUAAUUGCAGGACAGACCAGAACAACACCACGUCCUUCUGGUGGAGUGACUACAUGGUCACCAGGUGUACCACCAAAUAAUUCACCACCAUCGGGGAACUCUCCUGGUACCGGAAACCCAUCAACAAUUAGACCAACCAACACUCAAGCCCAAACGACCGUAGGAUUGUCAACAAAUGCAGGGCAAACCCAACCAACAGGUGGUUCAACUUUACCACCUACAGCUGGACCGACUGGACAAAGUACUCAAGGAGGCGUACCAUCUACAGGAGCACCAUCACCAGCUCCUAUAAAGUCUUCAACAAAACAAAUGCCUUCGAUGAACGCUACUGAUUCAGGAAACACAUCAUCUUCGGAUGUACCAACAACAUCUGCAGCUAACCAGACUGUGCUGACUACCGAAGGACAGACGACAUUGAAUGGCACUGACAUCAUAACUACUGGAGAGGUUGUCGGUACCACAUUACCUCUGUUAACAGACAUUUUAAACACCACCUUUGGCCAAACCACAUCUGAAGUGAACCAGACUGUACAAGUUACCACAGGUUUAUCAUCAACUACUGGAAAAUCUUCACCGGCCCCGAUUAAACUCUCAACGAACCAACAAUCUACUGAAGGUAACACAACUACUCUGUCUUCAAAUGGUACCAUUGAACCAACGUCAUUUUCUGCCAAUGAGACAUUACCAACUACCCUGGAACAAACUACAAACGUCACAGGUACAACGAAGGUUCAGUCAACUGGCUCAGGAAAUGCAACAUAUAUAUGGUUGCAAACAACACUUGCAGAUAAUCAGACUACUCUACGGCAAACGACAGGAAUCCCGAAGAGUGUAGGUACCACUGAUUUUCCAUCAACAAAUGCAGGACAGACGUCACCCCUUGUCGAAAUCACAACAAUCCCAGAAGGAACUACGAAAGGAGUUAAAACAACACCAGGCGUUUCGCCGACAGUAGUGAAGACGUCACCAGUGCCAGUCCAGACUUCAGUUCAACAGUCUUCACCAUCGAAAAAGACAACACCCAAUGCAGGAUCAACAGGACAACCCUCGGAAAGGUCGUCCACGAUAAUAGUAGAAACAACUACUAGUAUUAUAAGCAACGCAACAUCAACUUUGAAGGCAGCAUCACCUUUGAUGUCCUCAAAGCCUUCUAAGUCACCGUCCAAUGGUACAGGACACCCGAUAUCCGUGGUGUCAUCCACCACCGACGGAGGAACUACAGAUGUAGGUAAAUCACCUGGACAUCCUGUGAACAUUGCACUUAUUGCAGGGGUUUGCAGUGGAGUGUGCGGGCUCAUUCUCUCUGUUGUCCUUGUCUACAUACUGUCCAAACGGAAAAGAAUUCACAAACGCAUGCAUCGAUAUCAUUCUUACGGUUAUUUGAAUGGAGAAUCCACGGAAGAGAACCCUUGGCCGACCUUUUCAAAUCCACUCUUUUCUGACGCAUCAGACACAAAGCCCUUAUACUGACGAGACAAACAGGAAACAGAGCUACACGUAGCAUCAUCGAGCUCAAGAACGUCUUCACUGUGAUGUCUUCAAGAAAUUCUGAGGAGAUGCGACCGAACCGCUCUUUGAUCUUCAAGGUCAAACCAACCUAAGGCCACAUCAAGUUGAGACCUCAUCCACUAAUACGAUAACUCUAUACAGAGAUCUGAAAUACAUAUCCUUAAGCCGGAGACGGAACAUAAAUUGCACUGAUUGACUGUGUUUGUGGGAUUCUUCAAACCACAGUGUGUUCAAUUGGAAUACAUCGCCUACUUGUAAACCUUCAUUAAUUCCUUUUAAUUCCAUUCUUUAGAUCAUUUCCAAUAUAUGUAAUACAAAUCAGAUACAAAUCAACGGAUUGAAAUUUAAAGAAAAGCAGUAUAAGAUAGAGCAUAUGGAAAUGUCCGAUUAAUGUCAGCGAAACUACUCUAGGAAUCAGCCAGUCAAAUGACUUCCAAAGAUCUUCAAAACGUUAAAAUCACAAGUUUAGUUAUUGUCCCUUUUUAAACUUAAAAUAUUAAAGUCGACUUGAAUAAAUAUACUCCAAUACCAGGGGUGGUUAUAAAAUUAAACGAGAGUUUGCAAUUCAAAGCAAUACCCAUUAUCCACUCGAAUACCUAAGAUCUUGAGGAAACUCUGAAAUUACAUCGUGCGAACAUCUUGCACACACCAUGUCAACAUCGUGUACUCAUCGUGCCAACAUCGUGUUGUUCAAAUACACAUAUCUGUCAAAGUUAAAACUCCUCUAAGCAAAGGCUAUGCAUUUCGUCUAAUUCUAGGAGCUGUCUUGAAAGGUCAAUUGGUUACUGGCAUAUGAAACGUGUUUAUUUUUCAAUAAUUAUUCGUCGUCGUCACGAAAAUGAUGUCAGACCAGACUUAUACGAUUUUCGAACUUUCCACGGAGAAAAUUCGCGGGUAUACGAAAAGUGGACGCCCUGAAACACUAACUAGGGUUCGAGUAUUUAGUAUCACGAUCAAAUUUGACAUACCCCGAGAUUUGAUACGGUCGCUUUUUAAGGUGUUCAGUAUGGUGUGAAGCUCUGCUUCAUUAAGACAUUAGCUAAGUACGUUGCACUCUCUCACUUGACAAAGUAAGAGAUUGUGGACUACUCGUGAACAUUGCAAUUUCAUAUACAAUUGAUCUUACUGAGUAUAACACAAGCUCCAACUUACCCAUGUCCAUAAAGACAUGGGCUUAACAAUGAUGGCCCAUUUUAUUUCAGAGCUCAUCGGAAAUCGUUUCCCUUUUCUGUAACAUUUUAAUUGUGAGCACUACUGAGCUGACGAAAAUUA